AUGCGCCAGCCACCCCCACCCCCGCCGCCUUCCUCGUCCAGCAGCCCGGCCACCCAAGGCUACGGCAGCCGCGACUGCGUCGAGCUAGGCCUGUCCACGUCCGGUUCAGGCGUGGGGUACCCGGACUUUCUGGGUCGACAGAAUCGGCUGCCGAGCAGCUCGGCGUCAACAGUCAGCAGCUCGUUUCGCGACGGGAAGGAGAGCGGCGGCGGCAGCACCGGCGGGGGUGCCCACGGAGGAACGACGCCCGACUUGAGCAGCACCAGUGGGGAGACCGUGGUCCACGGCUACGCUCAGUCCCGUUGGAGCAAGAGGGCCGCCAUCGCCGCGGCCAGGAAGCACAAAAAUGCAACGGCGAGGGUUGGCGCCACGAUCGGUGGCCAGACGCGUAUACCCGGCAGAACGGUCGCCGGGGCGUCCUCCGGCACAGUGCCUGUAGUGGCGCCGGCGAUGCGCAACACGCAGCCGGCGAUCCGGAGAACCCCCGACACAGGGCCCCUGACCGCCUUCAGCCUCAUGGGCACAGCCCCUUCCAAGGAGGAGGCAGCGACGACUAAAACAACAACCCCGACUGGCGGCAGCGUUGACAACGUCAACAGCAGUGACCCGAGGAAACCCGUCGCUGCUAACAGCGAUGCCCAUGGCGGCGGUGGUGGCCAGACGUUUGGCGGAGACAUCCCGCACUCGGCGUCCGGGGACUCUGACGCCGGAUCGAACAACGGUGUCCGCGAUGAAAAUAACGAAUACGAAACGGAGAACGGGCAGGCGGAAGCUGCGGGGGCAGGUCCGACAGUGCGGGGCAAAACAGCGGAGGACGACGAGGACCACACGCACCAGACGCGCAAAGAAGAUGGCCUGUGGGCGGGAGGACUGGGGUUGGGCACGUCGAAGGAAUCGGCUCGCUUGGACAGCGUCGAGAACCAGCAGCAGAAGCUUCAUCAGCAGCAUGAGGAGGAGGCCAGCGAACAGCAGAAGGCAGAACAAGACGCGGAGGUGGAAGGGGAGGGGCUAGAGGAAGAGGAACGCGUGGACGACGACUUCCCGUUUCCGACGUCCGGCGAGGAGAAGGAGGGGCAGCGCAUCACCACCCACGACCGCGCCGUGCUCAUGAUCCUCUUCGAGGUGUGGAAGGGCCCCGCCUGGAACGGCAACGCCAACUGGGGGUCUGACGCUCCUCUCGAGUGGUGGUACAACGUUUCGGUCGAUCGAGGCCGCGUGACCGAGCUCAUUCUCCCUAGGAACAACAUCUCUGGCGAAAUUCCGCCGGAACUGGGCAUGCUCUCCUUCCUUCAGGAGCUCCGUCUACACAGAAAUUCUCUCAGGGGUCCGAUUCCUUCCGCAAUCGGGGGCCUCAGUUCGCUGUACCACCUCGACCUCCGCGGCAACAACCUUUGCGGCCCUAUCCCCCAGGAGAUUGGGAACCUCUCCCUGCUGGAGAAGCUCUUCCUAGGCCAAAACCGCCUCACGGGCCCUAUUCCGAAGGGUAUUGGGAGGCUCACACGCCUGCGGCUUGUCUUCCUGAACGACAACCACCUCACAGGCCCGGUACCGUCGGAGCUCGGACGCCUCCGGGUGCUGACGGAGCUCACGAUCGGAAGGAACCGCCUCACGGGCGGCAUCCCGGAAGAACUCGGCAACCUCGACAGACUGAUUGUGCUGGAUCUCAGCAGCAACUAUCUUGAAGGAGACAUCCCUCUAACUCUUGGAAACCUGACGUCGUUAGAGUACCUCGAGUUGGACGGGAACGCCGACCUCACAGACGAGCGCAUCCUAGCGAAUGCGGUCCUACAGCUGUCGCUCGCCGACAGAGCCGUCGUGCGGACGAGUGGCGGCCCAAUCGGGUGA